AUGGCUACGGGGGAGGAUAUUAGUGAGGAGGAUAGACAUCCAUGGCGCUCUAACUCUCUCAUGGCCCUACGAGCACCACUAUUGAGGGUAUGGGACCGCUAUUCCGGCAGCCAGCCUGACAAAGAAACAAACCAGAUGGUAUCAAGAUUGCCACGUCAGCGUCUAGAUACUAAAGAGGCUCGUAAGCAAUAUCUGACUAUCCAUGCGGACCAUGCAAUCUGGGAGCCAACCCCUUUCAUCUCAUUCACAACCUCUGCAAGAGCUGUGCAGGAAAUUGUAAAUCUUAGAUCUACAAAGAGAGACGCACAAACGAUCAUUGCUAUCAAUCCAGCCGUCCGAGCGGCGAUAGGCCUACCUAUUAUUGACAUGGGCGUUGAAAUGCGUUGCUACGGAAUACCUGACCCAUACCACAGAAAUCAUGAAUAUUAUAAGGAUCAUUACCUCUGUUUAUGGGAAGUUACAGCGCCCGAAGUUAUUGGAUGUUGGGAGUGGCAUGAGCUAGUUAGAAAUAGCCAUUGGUACGAGGAAAUUGUCAUCCCAAAAACAGAAGAACAUGGAAGAAGAUAUUCGGGCGGUCGUGAUGGAGAUGGAGCAUUUAGAAUGUCGUCUUUGUGGAAUGCUCUGGCCGACACGUACAAUGGUGGUUACUCCGAUCUCGGUACUCCAUUCCAUACAGACGGGGAAACAUCAAGCGAAGACCUUGGACUUGAGAAGGAAUCUGAUUACUAUUACUCGGACACGGAUGACGAUAUCGAGGAGAAUAACGCAUAA